AAUAUUUCUUGGGCACGGGACAAAUACCAGCAUGCCCAAUAGAAACUAGGGUUAUAACCCGUCCACCCGAAUACUCAAGUUUAAAGGUCGAUUUGGUGUACUUACAGAGAGAGAUGAGCGCAGGCUCUGGUUCUUCGUCGCCUAGGCGCACUCGUGUGGAGAAAGAGGACGACAGGCCUAGAUUCUUUGAUAAUAAGGCCAAGAAUUUAUGCUGGGCCAAUGCAGAGAUUGUGCCAGGCCGCCACCCAGAGCGCUGGCGCAAAGAUGCAGCAGGGAAUGUAGUCUGCAAACGUUUCUGUAACUGCCAAGGCUGCCUCUGUUUUGAAUAUGAUCAUAUCGUCCCCUUUUCUAAAGGUGGGGAGUCGGUGGCAGAGAAUUGCCAGAUUCUUCAAACAAGGGUCAAUAGGUUCAAAGCGAACAAGGAGGAUGUUGAUACAUCUCAGUUGAAAGGUUACUCUUGUGACAUCAAAUUCACUGAUAAAGAGCUUGACAUUAUUGAAAUGGCUGUUUAUGGGGAUGUUAUCCGGCCUGGGAACCAAUGUCGUUGCAGGACUGUUGCUGAAAUGCUUGGCAAAUAUAAGUCCAAAGAUAGUAUGAGCGCCUGCCAGUUGCCAUAAAGUGAUGAUGGCUCCUUGUGGCAUUGAAGGCUAAGAGGUGAAGGUUAGACUGCAGCUUAACAGAUUUGGCUCAAUGAAUUGUAUAGUUCUCAAAUAGUAAAGGAUAUGCAUAUUUUCUUGUUUUGUAUUGGCAUUGAUUUGAUUGAAAAUCAAGUUAUUGAUAAACUGGAUUGAUGGGUGUGUAAGCUAUAGUUUCAUAGUUUGAUACUGCUUCAGACAUUUGGUAUUUUUCGUUGACAGUUUGCUCCUGAAAUAAGAUUACUGAAUAUGAUUCGAAACAGACAAAUGAUGGGUGGCCCAGAUGAAAAUGGAUUAUAGUUUGGGUGA